GUUUGAGAUAGAAAGUGUGAGUCAUUAUAGGUUGUUUGUUCCUACACUACUAGACUACAAUACUAUUUUCAGCUUUCAGUUCAUUAUUUACGACAAAAGUUCCCAAUGGAAUAUAAUAAUGCUGAAAUAAUAGAUAAUCGGCACAACUAUGUUUGAUAUUAUUAUCUGAUCAGAAAAUCGCAAGGAAGUUUAUUGUGAUAGAAGUGUCGGUUUUGAUACAUUACGUUUUUCUUAUUUUAUUUCAAUAUCUAUACACAUUUAGAGAUUUUAGUAACUUUGUGGCACACGAGAGAAUGUAUGUAUAACAACCGAAUGGCCCUUUGCUUUGGAUUAGGAGUGGUGUAUUGUUGACAGGAACAAGCACGAAACGCAACAUAUGAGGCGAGAAAUACGUGGAAUUUUGAAACCUUUUGAUGAAAACAUUUUUAAAUCGCCUACGCUAUGAAAAAAGAUGAGAUUUAUGGACAAUAUGAGCCGAGUCCAAAACGAAUUUUAAAGGACCUCGACCGGAAGUGUAAACUUAAUAGUUGUAAUAGUUGUACACGGGGUAAUCUAAAAACUGGCACAGUUAAUCAAACCAACAAUAUAAAUGCAAUUACUCCAGAAGACACUCUGUUGCGUCAACGUAAACUUUGCUUUAAAAGACAAAAUGAGAUAAGUAACAGGAGUCAAGAAAUUGACAUAUCGCAGGGUUCGCUUCUCUUCUACGGAACUGAAAAUUUUACUUUAAGGACAAGUGGGCCAAAUAAAAUCAAUGAUAACACCGAUUUCGUAACAAACAAUUUUUCUGAAAAAUGUUUCGAUUGUGUUCCUGAACAAUAUCAUACGGCAUCUUCACCACAGCAAACACAAUAUUUGGUCACAAACUGCGAGUAUUAUAAAACUGAUGGUAUCAACAGUAAAUCAACUGAUUUAUGGCUAGAUGCAACAGAUAAAAAUUGUUAUGGUGAUUGGCCAUUAAGCCAUAAAAAAAAAUCGAUCGAUAAUAGCAAGAAAGAACAGUUAUAUGGAUGUUCAAAUGCAAACUCAACGAUAUAUGUUACCCAAGUACCAUCAACAUCACUAAUUCCUAAGAGUUACAAAAUAACAAGCACUGAUACUAGCAUUGAUUUAUUAAAAUAUAAGUUAAGCGGCGAACAAACUAAAAAAAGAAUUGGUGGUACAUUUAUAAAAAAAUUAAAUUCAAGUAGUAAUGAAGAUUUCGGUAGACAGUUUUUGACAAUAGAGGAAGGAAAUCAAAUCCAAUCAGUCCAACAAAUAAUAAGCCGUUCAAAAACCAUACCAAAUGAAUGCUACAAGAAAAGUAACGACAGCAUUAAAUCCAAUAUCAAUACAAAAAAACACGAAUGCAUUAAAUGCCAAAGCAAUAAUGUAGAUAACUCAUGGAACACAAUUAAUGCAAACGUAAAUAGCAGUGGGAGUAGCAGUAGUAGUACCGACAAACGUAAUUAUAGUAAAAGCAGGAGUCGAAGUAGGAGUAGGAGUAGCAGUAGUAGUAAUAGUUGUAAUUGUGAUAUAACGGGUGAUAACAGUACAUUGCAUGGUUUUGGUGUUGGCGAAUUAAGCAGUUUUUUGGGUGAUUGUGAUUCUGCAAGCAACACUACGCAAGCUCAGCCGCCGUCAAUAUGUCAUUCUCAAUUCGGGGAUCAGUAUCAACAUAAUAAAACUGUUGAGCUUAGCUGGAACGUACCUCAUCAGACAUUUUUAAACCAAACAAGUAAUCCAAAUUCCAAAUCUAGAGUUUUUAUUGAGAGAGAAAGACAAGCAUCAUUAACAGAACUUAAAACGAUUUUAAGACACGGCUCAGGAGAUAUCACCGACUGCGAAAGUUGCAGCGAACUGCGAUUACUGAAUUCAAAUGAUUAUAAAGCUGAUUUAGAUAUUGAUUGUGAAAGUUUGGAAGAUAACGUUAUCGAUAUAAAUUCGGAAAAUUGGAAUGCUGACAACGUCAUCGAGCGUGGAGGAAUCGAAAACUUAAAAACUCGGUUAGACUAUUGUAAUGUAAAUAAAGAAUUCCAGCCUUUGAGCCAAUACAAAUCGUUCGAUUAUUCAUUAAUAAAAUUUUACGAACAGAAAAAAAAAGAAAACGAAGACAACACUAAACAUUAUUUCGAUAUAUCGGAGGCUUUUAUAUCCGACCAACGUUCUAAAGAUAUUUUUGGCAACAUGGAUCUUGAAAGCAAUCGAGAGCAAUCAGGUGGAACUGAUGGCGGAGCAAUUAAGCGUACAAACAAUAAUAGUUUAGCAAGUAGAGAAGGAGUAAAUUUUGAUAAAGGACAGACAGCUACAGCUGCUUAUCCAACAUUUGCAAAUGGACCUUUGGGAACUGAUGUUAAUCUUGGGACAUCAAACAUUCCUGACACUAUAAAUGGCACAACAAUUGCUGGUGGAAUAAACCAGCAAAAGACAGUGACUAAUACUACUACACAAAAGCGGCCGCAAAGACGAGGGGGGAAGCCGCAACCUGAUCGACCUCAACGUGUUUUAUUUUGUUUGGGGAUAAAAAACCCACUUCGGGCAUUAUGUAUCAGUAUAGUCGAGUGGAAACCAUUCGAGUAUUUGAUAUUGUUAACAAUUUUUGCGAAUUGUGUUGCCUUAGCGGUUUAUACCCCUUAUCCAUAUAGCGACUCCAAUGUAACUAAUCAGGCUUUGGAAAAGAUAGAAUACAUAUUUUUAGUAAUAUUUACAGCAGAAUGUGUUAUGAAAAUAAUUGCGUAUGGAUUUCUACUACAUAGCGGCUCGUAUUUGAGAAAUGGGUGGAAUAUUUUAGAUUUUUUUAUUGUGGUUAUAGGCAUGAUAAGUACUGUUCUUUCAAAUCUUAUGAAGGAAGGUUUCGAUGUAAAAGCACUUCGAGCUUUCCGAGUGCUACGACCUCUUCGACUUGUUUCUGGAGUUCCAAGCUUACAGGUUGUACUGAAUUCGAUCCUUCGAGCUAUGAUACCACUUUUACAUAUUGCUUUACUAGUUUUAUUUGUCAUUAUCAUAUACGCAAUUAUUGGAUUGGAGCUGUUUUCUGGAAAAUUGCAUAAAACUUGCCUUCGCCCAGAUACUGGUGAAUAUAUGAAAGAUGAACACCCAUGUGGUACUGGAUUUCAAUGUCAAGAAGGUUAUGUAUGCCAUGAAAAAUGGGACGGCCCUAAUUAUGGUAUAACUAAUUUCGAUAACUUUGGUUUGGCUAUGUUGACCGUGUUUCAGUGUGUUACUUUAGAAGGCUGGACAGAUGUGCUAUAUAACAUUCAAGAUGCCAUGGGAAGUACGUGGCAAUGGAUUUACUUCGUUUCGAUGGUUAUAUUAGGAGCCUUUUUCGUAAUGAAUUUAAUUCUCGGUGUGUUGUCUGGUGAAUUUUCAAAAGAGCGCACAAAAGCUAAAAACCGCGGAGACUUUCAAAAACUUAGGGAAAAACAACAAAUAGAAGAAGAUGUGCGCGGCUAUUUGGAUUGGAUUACCCAAGCGGAAGAUAUUGAACCUGACGUCGAUGGUAAUUUAAUGCAAGAUGGAAAAACAAAACCGACCAACGAGUCCAAGUCAAUGGAUCAAGUGGAAGAGGAGGGUCAAGAAAUUCAAAUAUCUGAAUCCUGGUGGCGUAAGAAAAAAAAAGAUUUAGAUCGUCUGAACCGCAGAAUGAGACGGUCUUGUAGGAAAGCUGUAAAAUCGCAAGCUUUUUAUUGGCUAAUAAUAAUGUUAGUGUUUCUGAAUACCGGUGUACUUGCUACCGAACAUUAUGGGCAACCAAUAUGGCUCGAUAACUUUCAAGAGUAUACAAAUAUUUUUUUCAUUGGAUUAUUUACCUGUGAAAUGAUGCUUAAAAUGUAUAGUUUGGGAUUUCAAGGAUAUUUUGUGUCGCUGUUUAAUCGUUUCGAUUGUUUUGUUGUUAUUGGUAGUAUAACGGAAACAAUACUAACAAACACGGGUAUAAUGCCGCCAUUGGGAGUAUCAGUACUACGUUGCGUUCGACUCUUAAGAGUUUUUAAGGUCACAAAGUAUUGGCGAUCUCUUUCCAAUCUUGUGGCAUCUUUGUUGAAUUCAAUACAGUCAAUCGCUUCCCUCUUGUUAUUGCUAUUUCUUUUUAUAGUAAUAUUUGCUCUUUUGGGUAUGCAAGUUUUUGGAGGGAAGUUUAAUUUUAAACCAUCAGAAGAAAAACCUCGUUGGAAUUUCGAUUGCUUUUGGCAAAGUUUAUUAACUGUAUUUCAGAUUCUUACUGGUGAAGAUUGGAAUGUGGUUAUGUAUGACGGAAUACUUGCCUACGGAGGAAUAAAAACAUUUGGUGCAUUGGCAUGCAUCUAUUUUAUAAUUUUAUUCAUAUGCGGCAAUUAUAUAUUGCUGAACGUUUUUUUGGCUAUUGCUGUUGAUAAUCUUGCUGAUGCAGAUUCUUUAACAACAAUCGAAAAGGAAGAAGAAAUUGAUGAUGGUAAAAAUAACAAAUCACACAGCCCCACUCCAAUCAUUGAAGGUGCAGAAGAGGAAAAUAUGAAUAUUGAAAUGGAUUUGGACGGACAUUGUAUUGAAAUAGAAAAAUUGGAUGAGGAUACUCCUUCUGAAGGUGAAGAGGACGAAAUAUGCGAUGAGGAACUAGAAGAAUCCCGUUCCGAAGUAACACCUAGAGCAACUGCACGACCUCGACGUCUCUCUGAAAUCAGCAUUAAGAAGACUAAAAAACCAAUGCCAAGAGGAAGUUCAUUUUUUAUAUUUAGUAACACAAACAGGUUUCGUGUAUUUUGUCACUGGCUUUGUAAUCACAGCAACUUUGGAAAUGUUAUAUUGUGCUGCAUUAUGUUCUCAUCGGCAAUGUUGGCAGCAGAGGACCCACUACGGCCAAACGCCGACCGCAACAAAGUACUAAACAAAUUUGAUGUUUUUUUCACGGGUGUCUUCACAAUAGAACUGUUACUGAAAUUGAUUUCAUAUGGCUUUGUGUUGCACGACGGAGCCUUUUGUAGAUCUGCAUUUAAUCUUCUUGAUUUACUUGUAGUCUGCGUCUCCUUAAUAUCAAUGCAGUCCAGUUCGAAUGCGAUUUCAUUCGUGAAAAUAUUAAGAGUACUUCGUGUUUUAAGGCCUCUGCGUGCCAUUAAUCGUGCCAAAGGACUCAAGCAUGUAGUUCAAUGUGUAAUAGUGGCUGUCAAGACAAUCGGAAAUAUUGUCUUAGUGACUUGCCUUCUGCAAUUCAUGUUUGCCGUAAUAGGAGUCCAGUUGUUUAAGUAUGUUGUAAAAUGUGUUGUUGUCGCGAUAAAAACAAUUGGUAACAUUAUGCUAGUUACCUAUUUGCUACAAUUUAUGUUUGCUGUCAUUGGAGUGCAACUUUUUAAGGGGAAAUUCAGUUUAUGUUCGGAUGGCUCAAAAAUGAAGAGAGAGGACUGUCAUGGCACCUACUUAUUUUAUGAAGAUGGAGAUGUACAUAAGCCGCGGUUAAUGGAGCGCGCAUGGGAUAAAAACAAAUUUCACUUUGAUGAUGUUGCCAAAGCGAUGCUCACCUUGUUCACUGUUUCAACUUUUGAAGGAUGGCCAGCGCUUUUAUAUGUAUCUAUUGAUUCUAAUGAAGUAGACGGUGGACCGAUACAUAAUUUCCGUCCCAUUGUUGCUGCUUAUUACAUAAUUUACAUAAUUGUAAUAGCUUUUUUUAUGGUAAACAUCUUUGUCGGUUUCGUUAUCGUAACUUUUCAAAACGAAGGUGAACAAGAAUAUAAAAACUGUGAUUUAGAUAAAAAUCAAAGAAAUUGCAUUGAAUUUGCACUUAAAGCAAAACCAGUAAGGCGUUAUAUACCAAAACAUGGCAUACAAUAUAAAGUAUGGUGGUUUGUUACGUCAUCAUCAUUUGAAUACACCAUAUUUAUUUUAAUUAUGAUUAAUACUGUGACUCUUGCAAUGAAAUACCAUAAUCAACCACCGUGGUAUACUGAGCUCUUAGAUGCUCUAAAUAUGAUUUUUACUGCCGUGUUUGCGCUAGAAUUCGUGUUUAAGUUGGCGGCUUUCCGUUUCAAAAAUUACUUUGGAGAUGCUUGGAAUGUUUUUGAUUUCAUAAUAGUAUUGGGUAGUUUUAUUGACAUUGUUUAUUCCGAAAUAAAGAAUAAGGAUACUUCAUCUCUGCCUUGUGACAUCGUGGAGGGAUGCAAAGCUAAGGCCAAGACGGGAUCAAAUUUGAUAUCGAUAAACUUUUUCCGUUUAUUCCGCGUUAUGCGCUUGGUUAAACUAUUGAGCAAAGGUGAAGGAAUUCGGACACUACUGUGGACAUUUAUCAAAUCUUUCCAAGCUCUUCCUUAUGUAGCUUUGCUGAUAAUUAUGCUGUUUUUUAUUUAUGCGGUUAUUGGAAUGCAGGUUUUCGGAAAAAUCAAUCUGAGUGACGAGACCGCCAUACACCGGAAUAAUAACUUCCAAACAUUUCCACAGGCGGUACUAGUCCUUUUUCGUUCUGCAACGGGGGAAGGCUGGCAAGAAAUAAUGAUGUCUUGUUCGACAGACGAAGAUGUACGUUGCGAUCCGAAAUCCGAUAUGACCAAAGAUUGUGGGUCCAAUAUUGCAUUUCCUUACUUUAUAUCCUUCUACGUUCUUUGCUCGUUCCUUAUUAUCAAUUUGUUUGUUGCUGUUAUUAUGGAUAACUUUGAUUAUCUGACUCGCGAUUGGUCGAUUCUUGGACCUCAUCAUCUGGAUGAAUUUAUCCGCCUUUGGAGUGAAUACGAUCCAGAUGCUAAAGGGCGCAUAAAACAUUUAGACGUGGUUACGCUCCUACGGAAAAUAUCACCUCCGUUAGGAUUUGGUAAACUUUGUCCACAUAGAAUGGCAUGUAAAAGACUUGUUUCCAUGAAUAUGCCGCUAAACUCUGAUGGUACUGUUCUUUUCAAUGCAACCCUGUUUGCAGUUGUAAGAACAUCACUAAGCAUUAAAACUGAUGGAAAUAUUGACGAGGCUAAUGCGGAAUUGAGAGCAACAAUAAAACAAAUUUGGAAACGUACCAGCCCUAAACUCUUGGAUCAGGUGGUACCACCCCCAGGAAAUGAUGAUGAGGUUACCGUUGGAAAAUUCUAUGCCACAUAUUUAAUUCAGGAUUACUUCAGACGAUUUAAAAAACGAAAGGAACAAGAAGGUAAAGAAGGACAGUCUGAAAAUGCGACUCUAACACUACAAGCGGGAUUGCGAACAUUACAUGAAGUAUCACCAGCAUUGAAACGGGCGAUUUCUGGAAACUUAGAUGAGUUAUCUGAGGAACCUGAGCCGAUGCAUAGGAGGCAUCAUACGCUGUUUGGUACAGUGUGGUCAUCGUUUCGACGACAUGGUAACAGCUUUAGACAAGAUCGGAAAACUCAAAAAUCGCAGUUAAAUGGAGAUAUUGGUGGUACCGAAUCAACGCCUACUGCUGCUGACUCGUUCAAUUUGAAUCCGAUGUACGACACCAACCGCUGCAAUGUAUCUGAUAGCACAAAUCAUAUUACAAAAAGUCUGAUGCAAGCGAGAUUUGGUUCCCAACAAACUGAAGGCAGUGGCAGUAAUUCCACUGAAUACCAUGACUUUAAUGCUCCUGGUGACUUUCGUACAUUUAGUGAGAGCAUAUCCUUGCGGCCACUUGUCAUGAAUAGCGGGAACGAUGGCAAUAACUUGUUAACUCUUCCUUCAGGGUACAUGACAAAUCAAGAAAGUCUAUUUGCUACAACAGAAUCUUAUGACAGCUCUACCGCCGGGUUUUCAUUGCUCCCUUACAAUAAUGCAAAUGGUAUUCGUGGCCACGAUCGUGCGAUACUAACAAAAAUAGGUAACCCUUGUGAUCCCCAUCCUUCAGCAACUUUAUCUAAAGUCAACGGUCCUGCAGAAAGUCUCGUUGGCGGGGUACUAGUUGCAGAAGGUCUAGGAAAAUAUUGCGAUUCAGAAUUUGUUGGUCAAGCAACUCGUGAAAUGCAAGAGGCUUUAGACAUGACGGUGGAGGAGAUGAAUUUAGCUGCUAAGAAAUUACUAGCAAACGAAUAAAGUACUGAGCGGAAAUUAUUCGAUUAAUUGUUAAGUUUCACAAAAUUUAGCUAUGUACGAAUUACUUAAAUAUCCCCUAAAUGAAAUUUAUAGGAAAAUAAAACAACCAACUAUGUAAAUUCGCGAAAAUCGUACAGUUCACCAUCAGAACGAAAACCUAUAAAAAUAAUACGUUUAUAUUAAAUGACAAUGUUUCCCACAGUAAAGCCAAAUAUAUACAUUAAUAUCUAUAUUUAUUUA